AUGGUCACCUUCUCCAUUCCUGGCGACGAUGUCGUCGAACCUACUACCAAUGGUACUCCUAGAUCUCGACCUCCGCUACCAUUUGCAAAGCGCGCGUAUGCUACUGCGUCACCUUUUGGUAGUUCUUCCGCAAAGCGCCUGGGGACGCCUCAUACUUCAUCAGCUAGGAAGCUGUUGACGACCCGCGACGAGGCCCCAGCCAGCAGUCUCAACCAAAGUUCCAUCGCCACGGCACGAAAUAUCUUUCGAGCAUCCACCAUCACAGAAAGCCCACCUACUUCUUCGUUCUCCCCGAGUAUCCCCAAUAGCACGAUGAAAAAGGUCUUUGCUCCUGGUGCUACUCCAGAGCCGUCGCGAAUGUACCGCAACUCCAUCGCACAGGCCACGCCCCGCGGCAUGGCGGCCAAGACUACAAACAAGGAACUGUUCCCGAUGCGCAUUGCUUCCCCCCCGCCAGAGUUGACGGGUGAGGUAUUGACCCAAAAGGUUCCCAAGGAGUGGAACGCCAAGGGCUCCAUCUACGCGGACCAGUUCCUAGCACAUCUUUGCCCCCCCGAACUCGAUGAAGAGCAGCGCCGCCAAUUCUUCUGUGUUCUCGAUUUAAGGCGGCUGAAAUAUGCUGCAAACGAGAUCUUUGCCAGAAAAGAUUGGAAGUUGAACGUCAUCAAUUUUGCAAAGGAGUUUGAGAAGAGCCGAAGCAUCAUUCUUCUUCGAUAUGGCUUGUACGAAUUCCAGAACGUCAAGCCAUCCAAAGAUGUCCUCAAGAGGUGGCGUCGUGAGCAUGGUCUGCCGGAGCCAGAGGACGAAGAAGAAUCCGAGGCGACCCCUUCGAAGACCGCCCCAUCCAAGAAGCGAAAGGCUACCGAAGACUACUCAGAAACGCCGGCCUCGAAGGGCAAGCGUCGAGCUGUGGGCGACGAUUCUGAACCCGUGGUAGCCCCUGUUGCGACCACUCCGGCCCCCUCCGUCGGCAAGAACAAGAGGAAGGCAUCGGUGAGCGAGGAACAGCCCUCAAAGAUGCAGAAGCCGACUCCUUCGUCUGCCAAGUCGCUAUUGGAGAAGAUUACCAAUAAUACCAAGACUGCUGAAGGGUCAACUGCUGCUCCCGCGCCGAAGCCGAAGCCCUUCAGUGCCAACAAACCAGCGGCAAGCAGCAGCUUGGCUCGCACUGUCUUCACCAAUUUGAAGCCUCCUGGUACUCAGGCGGGCCACGGAGGCGCUGGGAGCAACAUUUUUGGCUAUUUGUCAGAUGCCAGCUCCGCUAAGAACAGCGGCGUCGAUGCUGAUGCCGAGAGUGAAUCCGACUCGGACCAGGAUGGUAGCCAAGAGGCUGGCCAAAGUGAUGAGCCUAGUGUUGUCGCUAGUGGCGCUGGAGAUACUGGAUCGCAGAUUGGAGCCAGCUUGUUCGAUCGGGUUACAAAAGGAAGCGAUGGUCAGCCCAUCCGUAUUGAGGAGAAGAUCGAGGUGUCCGAACCUGAGCCAGAGUCGGAAGCCGUUUCUGAAGCCGUUUCUGAGCCAGUCUCGGAGAAGCCGGCCGUUACAGACCAGACUUGGAAUCCAUCGACCACGCCCAUCAAAUUUGCGCCAUCUUCUACUCCUGCCGCUGCUGGUUCCGUUUUUGGCACUUCGGGGGCUAACUCUGGAAGCACCAUCUUUGCUCCCAAGGCGACUGCGGCGUCCAAUUUCUUUGGUACCACAAAGAAGGAGCAGCCAGCUGCCAAGGAGUCGUCGACGGGGGCCAAUGCGAGUGAUGGCGGCGAGUCGGACAAGGAGAACGAGUCGCAAUCGUCUAAAAAGAGCCUCUUUGACACCAAGCCCGCGGCAGCACCAUCACCUUUUGGCUCGUCACUUCAGUCUAAGCCAGCCGCAGCCGAAGUACCAAAAGCUGCUGAAGCCCCCAAACCGGUCGCUAAUCUCUUCGCAGCCAAGCCUGAUGCUGCGAGGCCUGCCGAGACGACAACAACAACCAGCGCAUCCAACCUGUUUGGUCAGGUCAGCAAACCUGCCGAGUCAACCUCAUCCACCCUGUUUGGAGCCAAACCCAACGAGCCUGGGAAAGUUGCAACUGCUGAAGGCCCCAAGCCCGCAGCCAGUCUGUUUGGCAAUACUUCUUCUUUUACAGCCGCGCCUGCAACAGGCAAUGCUGGAACUCUCUUCGGAUCCAAGCCUGCCAGCACUGCCAGCGGCAUUUUUGGAGGUGGUGCCGCGACUCCCACUACACAGCCGCAGCAAUCUUUGUUUGGAGCCGCGCCCGCAGCCACGACCGACUCAACUGCUGCCAAGGCAGACACGCCGAAGCCAUUUUUCAAUUUUGGUGGCAGCAAUACCGGGGCUCCAUCUGCGACUGCAUCCAAGCCUCAGUUUAGCCUGCCACAGUCACCUCCCUCUGGCGCUUCGGGAAACAAUAUGUUUGGUAGCCCCAUGAAACAGGAUGACCCGUCUCCCGCUAAGAAGAAGAUAUUUAAUGGUGGUAAUGCGGACGGAAGCUCAGCUCCUUUGUUCAAUUUUGGUGCUACCAGCCAACCGCCAGCCUCUACGUCUGGUAUCUUUGCGGCAUCAUCAGCACCUGCGCAAAAUGGUAGCACCGCCAGCGCCGCCCCCAUCUUUGCUGGUGCAUCGUCAAACACUGGUUCCGGCUCAGCCGGCUUCACCUUCAACUUUGGCGGCGCGAGUACCGACGGAGCAGCAAAGGGCAGCUUCAACAACCCCUUUUCCUCGGCAGGCGGCAACAACGCUACGGCGGCGGCUGCGCCUGGUUCCGGGGCUACCUUUCCCUUUGCCGCUGGAUCUACGCCUGCUGGAACUUCUCCCUUUCAGUUUGGUGGCAGCAGUGGCAACGCAUCCACGUCAACUGGCACCGGUGGCCUGGUGUUCGGAGCAAACCAAGGUACCAACAAUGCAGCUCCCAUAUUUGGUGGCGCCUCGGGAUCUGGCAGCGCUCCUUCUUUCAAUUUCUCGGCUGGAGGCGCCGCGCCACAGGGGACUGGUUCCGUGUUUGGUUCCAACCAAGCUGUCCCGGCCUUCAACCUCCAGCCGCCAGCUGGUGGAUCUACAACCACCGGAACCAACUCUCCGUUGAACUUCGGGGGCGGCUCAAGCUUGGCCACAACGCCGGCUGCUGGGACUCCGGAGCCCUCAACGCAAGCAGACACAGCCAAGGAUGGCGAAGCGACCAACGAAGAUGGCGAGAAACACGAGCAGAUUAACCUAACGGACGGCGUCAACGACGACGAGGAAGUACGCCAUGAAGUUCGAGCCAAGGUUCUCAAGUUUGUUCCCGCAUCUGAGAAGUCGGAUGAGGAUAAGCCCAAGUCGAAGAGCCCUUGGUCCACGCAGGGAGUAGGACAACUGCGGCUGUUGCAGCAUAAAGAGACAAAGCUUGUCCGACUACUGUUGCGUGCGGAACCGCGUGGCCACGUGGCUCUCAACCGUGCACUGCUGCCAAACUUGACAUACAAGGCCGAUGAGAAGUAUGUCAAACUGACAACGUCAAACGAGAAGGGAGAUGGGUUGGAGACGUGGAUGAUUCAGGUCAAGACAAAGGACCUUGCCAAGGAAUUGGCAGAGUCGCUGGAGAAGAAUAAGGAAGCCAAUAAGAAGUAA